CCAAACAAAUCCAACAUCGACCAUUCACAGCCACCAAAAACAUUUGAAAAUUUCGUAAAUUUGCGGCAGUCACUCUCUAAUGGAUAUUUUCAGCCAAUACUCAGACCCCAAUCCGUUUCUCCUGGACGCAGGUUUAAACGACAAGCCAGAGAUUUCCUCGUCGUCUGAUGCCGGCACCUUCGAGCGCAGAAGCAGUCACUCAGACGAAGAGGUUAGAGUACUAGCUUCGAGCACGCCCAAGAAGCGUGCGGGAAGGAGGAUAUUCAACGAGACGCGACACCCGGUGUAUCGCGGAGUCAGAAGGAGGAACAAGAACAAAUGGGUCUGCGAAGUGCGCGAGCCCAAUAAGACCUCGAGGAUAUGGCUCGGGACGUACCCUACCCCGGAGAUGGCAGCGCGGGCACACGACGUGGCAGCUUUGGCGCUCAGGGGAAGGUCGGCGUGUCUCAACUUCGCCGACUCGGAGUGGCUGUUGCCUACGCCGAGUUCGACGGACGCAAAUGACAUAAGGAGGGCAGCGAAGGAGGCAGCAGCUUUGUUUCCACCGAGAGAUAAUGAGUUCGGUGGGGAUUGCGGCGAAGAAGCCGGGAAAGUGUUCGUGAACGAUUGUAAAGAGAUUUACGGGAGUCUUGAUCACAGGGUGGAGGCCGAGGAGGAGAAGGCUGUGCAGGAAAAUGCGAUUUACGUGGACGAGGAGGCCCUGUUCGACACGCGAGGCUUGCUAAUGAAUAUGGCCGAAGGGCUUCUACUAUCUCCACCACCUUGUCUAGACGAAAAAAUGCAAUGGGAUGACAUGGGAAGUGAGGCUGAGUUUUCGUUGUGGAGUUUCUGGUCCUGAUAAUUAAGCUUGUACAGCUUUCAGUGGCCGUAAAAGUGGCGGACAAAAAAAAAAAAAAACGACUUUAAACAGUGUCUCUCGUUGGCUUCAGCCUUCAUGCGAAUGCUAAAGUCCCUUUUAUCUUGGCGGGAUAGAGAGUUAAAGCAUAGAAAGCUUUUCUUUAAUGAUUUAAUUAUAUUAAAAAACAAAACUAUAUUAAUGAUUUUUUUUUUCUCUGAAACUAUAUUAAUGAUUGUUAAAUAAUAAUAUCAACAUAAUAUGAUGAAAAUACUUUAA